AUGGCGGACGUCUCUGAAAAGGGCACGCCGACGCCUGAUGUGUCUGUCCAGGACACUGCCAGCGACACUCGCCAUGGCGAUGUCACGCCAACGGGCUGGAAAUACAAGAGCUGGAACAUUGGCCCAGUGCGCUUGCCGUACUACGCCUCGCCAAAAGCCCAGCUUCUGCUGGUAGCUUUCGUGUGUUUCUUAUGUCCUGGAAUGUUCAACGCCGUCAAUGGACUCGGCGGUGGUGGACAGCUUAAUGCGACCGCCAGCAACGACUCCAACACCGCUCUCUACUCGACUUUCGCCGUCGUCGGCUUCUUCGCCGGCACCAUCACCAACACCAUCGGCAUCCGCUGGGCCUUGUCAUUCGGCGGCAUUGGCUACUCGGUCUACAUCUCUGCCUAUCUCUGCUACAACCACACCCAGAACCUCGGCUACAUCAUCUUCUCUGGUGCUCUCCUCGGUGUCUGCGCAGGUGUUCUGUGGUCCGCUCAAGGCGCGAUCAUGAUGUCCUACCCGACUGAGAGGGAGAAGGGUCGCUUCAUAUCCUGGUUCUGGAUGAUCUUUAACCUGGGCGCUGUGAUAGGUAGCCUGGUUCCUCUUGGUCAGAACAUCCACCAGACCAAUGCGAGCGCUGUCAAUGAUGGCACCUACAUUGGCUUCUUGGUGCUUUCGCUCGUCGGUCUUGUGCUCGCGUGGACCUUGGUGGACGCCAAGUCUGUCGUUCGCAGUGACGGAUCCAAGGUGAUUCUCAUGAAGCACCCAUCGUGGAAGUCCGAGUUGGUGGGACUUUAUGAGACUCUCAUCUCCGACCCGCUCGUCAUCCUGCUCUUCCCGAUGUUCUUCGCCUCCAACUGGUUCUACACCUACCAGUUCAACGCCGUCAACCUCGCCAAGUUCAACACCAGAACUCGCGCUCUCAACAGCGUGCUUUACUGGUCCAGCCAGAUUGUCGGUGCUUGGGUCUUCGGCAAUGCGCUCGAUAUCCAGAAACUCAAGCGUACCACUCGGGCUUACGCCGCAUGGGCUGCGCUCUUUGUGUUGACCUUUGCCAUCUGGGGUGGCGGAUACGCCUUCCAAGAGGGCUACACGCGCGCUGAGUGGCUUACCGAGAAGGAGAUUGAGGGAAGCAAGUUCUUCAUCGACUGGACGGAAGGCCGCUACAUCGGCCCAAUGUUCCUCUACAUCUUCUACGGCUUCUACGAUGCGGCCUGGCAGACGUGUGUGUACUGGUUCAUGGGUGCCAUCACCAACAACGGCCGCAAGCUUGCCAACUUUGCAGGCUUCUACAAGGGCAUCCAGUCGGCUGGUGCUGCUAUCAUGUGGCGCCUUGACGGCAUUGGAAUUCCGUUCAUCAACAUGUUUGCAUCGUGCUGGGGCCUCCUCGCAGGUAGUCUGAUCAUUGCCCUGCCAGUGAUGAUCCUCCAGAUCAAGGACACGGUCCCGCUCGAGCAGGAUCUCCAGUUCACCGACGAGACCAUCGACGACGUGAUUGGAGAUAAGCCGAUCGGAUCCUUGGCCACGGAUGCCGAGAAGGUCUGA